AUGGGGGUGAGACUGAGUUUACUACACCUCUGGUGCCUCAUUUCGGUGCACCAAAUCUACCGAGUUGACGGCUAUGGCAGUGGCACGCUGUCGCUGCUGGGAGGAGAGAUAAAUCCGACUUACGACUUCUUCGGCGAGCUUGCGGCGAAUAACUCGCACAAGAAACAUAACCACAUUGCGGAAAGAGGGAACGGACAUCAUCACGGGCCGCACCAUGGCAGUGAAGGCCAUGGACAUGAGCACCACCAUGAACGGGAGGGGCACGAACAUGGGACACAUCACAAGAUGAUUCACGAGCACGGUAAAGACGGCCACAAUGCGCAUAAUCAAGCCCAUUCAAAGCAUCACCACAACCAUGCUGGCGGCGCCGACGAACACUCCGGCCACCACGAAGCGGGCCACCAUGGGCAUUCGAAGCAUCACGCGAGCUUUUGCGAAACGCACAACUGCCCGGGCGGUCGCAAGGGAGUCAGGUUAGAUGAAACAGGUGGACUGCCGUUGUUCCCUUCCUUUCUGGCAUCAGACAUACCCGGCUUUUUGGAGAGCCGCAACUUCCUCUACGAGCCGUCCCAUGCAGCAAUAGCCACAAUUCCAGUUCACCCGCAUCAAUUUCUGGAGCGGGAGAGUGAGGCACACGAUGUUGCUAAACACGAAAGCGCAAAGGAUGGAUCUGGACAUCACGGCAGUGCCAAGCAUGAAAAUGUAGAGCACGGCGGAGACCCACAGCACAAAUCUAAGUCGGAGGAAGCCGGCAAUGGCCAUAACAAAUCCCAUUCGUCAUCCAAAGAUGAGGAUGAGGAAUUUGAGGACGAGGGCGACGAUGAGUAUUUGAAAGAUGACUACGACGACGAGGACGACGAAGGCGAGGAAGAGGGAUAUGAUGAUGAAUAUAUGGAGGACGACCUAAAUGAAGACAAAGAAUCCGGUCACGACAAUGUUCCCGUAUGCAAGCUUGCACCUGUCGGAAAUCAUCCCAAGGAUGGAAAUGUCGUUCAAGGUGCCGAAGGACAGCAGUCGGGGACCCAGGGCGCCACCGACGCGCAACAGUCCAUAAAUGCUACCCACACAGAGCAUGCCGACGCUGCCACUGCAGGGGAACACAUUGCGGGAGGGAACAUUCGUGUGGACAAGCAUACAGGCCUUGCCUGCAGGAUUCGCCCGGAGGGGCACAGCGAUGGAGCGGAGCAGCACACGGAAACUGCGCCAUUGAAUUCCCAUCACGAGGACAUGGAUAUCCGCAGCCACAACUCUGAGAAUGCAUCUGCGGCGACGGAAUUGAAUGCGCCGAAAGCUGCCGGGGAUACCGCUGACGACGCCCAUCACCAGGAGGGGUCAGCCGUUAACACUAAUGAAAGCAGUGAACAUACGGAAAAGAGCGAGAAUACCGGUUCAGAGCACUCUGCUGACCAAUCUACGGCUGCUUCAGUUAACGACAGUUCCGCCGAUACGUCACACGAGAAGGAAUCCGGCGCUGCAGAUGAAGUCGACGCAGAGGAUUCCAAGGGCGACCAUAACACCGUCGACGAGGAGCAUCACGAGGACGCUGAGAGCACGGAUUCCGAUCACAAAACCGCAUCAGAGGAAAACGACAAGCAGGAGGAACAUGAUGAUGAAGAAGCUAAUCAUGACGGUAAGGUUAAUGAUGAGGCGCAGGAACACGACGGCAAGCACGCGAGCGAAGAAGAUGAUGAGGAGUUCGACGAUGAGGACGACGUAAAAAACGCGUCCGCAAAGGAAGAGGACGCAAAUGCAUCAAAAGAGGAAAACAAAUCGCACCCAGAGGGCACCAGCGCGUCGGCCGAACAUGCAAACUCUGAUUCCUCCAAAUCCAAGAUGGAUGCCGAUGAGGAAUCUGCAGACGCAAAAAGUGAGGACGAUGACAAAGAGGAAGCUGAGGACGCGGAUGACGAAGAGGAUGAGAAGCACAAUGAAAAGGAGGAGAAACACGAGUCUGAAUCCCAUGAAGCAGAGGAAAAGUCGGAUGGUGCUGAGCACCACGAGAGUGGCAAAGAUUCUGCGAAUGAAGCCGACGCGGCAAAGACUGACAGUAAGCCAGCAGAGAAGGAAGCCAAAGCUGAUAACCCAACCAUAAAUGCCGACACCGCAAAUGCUGGCGCCAACAAGCCCGAGGCAAAUAAGGCAACUGCGCAGCCCGAAUCUACCGUAAUACAAUCUGCAGCAUCCGCUAUACCGCAAGAUGUUGUAAACAAGGUUGAACCUAUCGCAUCGCCCACCGUAGACGGGAAAGCAGUCGCCGUUGCUACCGCCAAGCCGCUGGUAGAUGAAAGCGCUAUUCCGUACUGCUCCGGUAUCGAUUCAGACGAAGGUGCUGCGUCCGCAUAUAGCGAAGAAGGUGAUGUGCAGUCCAGCAAGCCCGGUUCCACAAAGGAGGAUGGGGAAGAUGACAACGAAGAACGUGACGAGGAGGAGCACGAAGCCUCAGAGCACCAAGAGGAAGCAGAGGAGGGCGAAAACGGAAACCAGAGCAAAAAUGACGAGGAGGAAGCAGAUGAAAAAGAAGAGGAGGGGGAGGAGGUAGAUGACGAAUAA